AUGCCUAAGUCAGCUGUGUCGUCCUGGUACUUGGGCAUUGACAUUGGCACAAGCUCUUUGCGGACGUCCGUUUUAAACGACCAGGGGGUUGUGCUAGGCGGAUCCGAGCAAGCGAUCGAUGUCUAUUACCAUCCGUCUGACAGUCGAAUUAUCACGCAAGACUCGUCCCAGCUCUGGUCUAAAUUGUUAACUGCUAUUGAUGAAAGCUUGCAAACAGCAAGGUCCAAAGAGGAAGGAGCUUUGAAAUCAAUAUGUUGCGGUGCGACCUGCUCGUUGGUGGUCGAAGACAAUGAUAACAGCCACAUAAUUCUUUGGAUGGAUCACAGAGGAGAAACAGAUUCUAUCAACAGCAAGAUGGAAACCCGCUACCCUGGUAUCCUGCAACGUCUUGGAGGGUCGAUAAUAGCUGAGAUGGCCUUACCCAAAGUCAAGGAGUAUCUCAGAUCGGCCUUUUCCGAGCCCCGUAUUUUUGAUCUUCAUGACUGGUUCGAGUGGAAGCUUGCUGGGGAGGCGCUGAAUGUACAAAAAUACAGCACAGAAAAUAUAGGUAUAGACGGAUCACUGAAGGGAUUUUCAAUCGACUGUCUUCGCGAACUGGAUAUCCAUCUCAACGAGUCGCAGAUCGGCAGAGUCGAAAACAUCCCAUAUCCAGGAAUACCGUUCGCUGGUACCCCUAUUUCCAAGCUUUCGCCCGAAUUGGCUGAGAGAUGGGACGCCAAGUCUGCUGUGGUCUGCUCUGGAGUCAUAGACUGCUAUGCUUCUUUUUUUGCUCUUCAAAGCAGCGACAUAAAUCCAGAAGAAAACUUGGUAAUGGUAGCAGGAACGUCCACAUGCUACUUGACCGUUUCCAGGGCCCCGAAAGAUCCUCCACCAGGAAUUUGGGGACCAUUCCAUUUGACAGAAACGUUUUGGUUUUAUGAGGGAGGGCUAAGCUGUUCGGGUAUCCUUUUUGAGUCUCUGUUUGAAAAUCACCCAGCAGCAAAAAAUCUGGACAAGUCCUCAAAUAUGUUUCAGCAACUCGAAAAGCUGGUGAGCUCUUUCGUGGCGAACGAAGGAUUGAGCUCUGCCUGGCAGCUGAUAGAAAAAAGAGUGUACAUCGGUGACUAUUUGGGAAACAGAACGCCAUUUAACGACUCAACUCUCUCGUCCGUGAUAAUCGGAGGAUCAUUGCGUCAAGACACAAGAGAUCUGGUGUGCUGCUACCUUUCAAUCUUGGAGUACCUCGCUCUAUCUACAAGAAUGAUCGUUGACUGUUUCCGCAAAUCAGGGUUCCAUCUCAAGACGUUGCAAGUGUGUGGGUCUCAGGCCAAAAACGCAAGACUCAUGGAGCUACUGGCAUUUAUUUUAGACGAUAUGAAUAUCCUUCUUCCUAUGGAAUUAGACUCGAAGCUUAUUGGCGCUCGCGGAUGCUCGAUACUUGGCGGAUGUGCGGCGAAAGAUGCAAAGUUUAAAGUUGUCAAAUAUGUUCCUGACGAUGCUCUGAAGAAAUUGUUUGACACAAAAUACAACAUCAUGUUCGAGUUGAUCGGAAAACAACAGGACAUCAAUCGGAGGCUUGCCAGCUGCACCAUUCGCUCUCAUAAACAGUGUUAA